UUUUUGGUGAGGAAGAUUGGCCCUGAGCUAAUGUCUGUGCCAGUCUUCCUCCAUUUUGUAUGUGGGACACCUCCAUAGCAUGGCUUGAUGAGCGGUGUGUAGGUCUGCGCCUGGGAUCCGGGCCUGCGAACCCCUGGCCACCAAAGCAGAGCAAGCGAACUUAACCACUACACCACGCCAGAUCAGAUUUUCAUUUUUAAAAGAUCACCUCCAAUUUGGAGCCUGUUAGAGUAGUUCAAGCACGAAACAACAGCAAGUCCAUCAUGGUGUUGGGGGAUAUGGAAAUAGAAGGUCAGGUCCACAGGACUUGGUGAUGGUUUGGAUUGGGGGAAUGCUGAUCAAGAUGAAGGAGGAAGCAGGAAUGACCCCUGGGUUUCUAGCAUUGAGGAACGAGAAGCCAGAACAGCAUGAAAGCACUGGAUACUGCGUGACUGCAUUUUUUGAGAUUAUAAAUGUAUCACUGAAGUUAACAAAACAAACUCAAGAAAAAUGGAAGAAGGCUGGCUGGAAGCCUCAAAUCUUCCUCCAGAAGUUUUGCAUUCUGAGGUGACAGUGUCGGUGACAGGUGAACCACCUAGUGCUGUGGAAGAAGAAAAAGAGGCAGCCAAAGAAACAAACAUAGAAAACAUCCUGGAAAUCAUAGAGCCGCUCUUCAUUCUAGAUGUGCUGAGGAUCUCCGCGGUUCUGGAGGAUACUAUAGACCAGCUCUCUAUUCUGAACUAUAUCAUGCCGGUUCAGUAUGAAAGUAAACUAAGCACCAGCAUGAAGAAAAGCAAAGAAAUGAAUUUAGAAGGAAAAAGCCUAGAAAAACUUUCAGAAGCCUUGAAAACAUCCAGUCCAUUCAUACCUAAAGAAGAAUCUGAGUUGUCAGAAAUCAGACCAGAAGGCCAAUUUGCCAAUGAGUUUAACAAAAUGCAAGAUCUUGUCUUCAAAAAGCCUAUAACACAGACCAUAAUGACUACAGAGACACUGAAGAAAAUUCAGAUUGAUAGGCAAUUUUUCAGUGAUGUCAUUACAGAUACCAUGCAGGAGCUGCAAAAGUCGGGCACUUUCACCACUCUCCUGAAAGCUUUGAGCAAAGAGAGGGAAAACAAAAUGCAUUUCUAUGAUAUCGUUGCCAGCGAGGAAAAAGGAAGAAAACAGAUAAAAUCUCUUCAGAAACAGCUGCUUAAUGUCAAAAGAGAACGGCAAGCUGAAGUACAGGGUAGGAAUGAAUAUAUUGCUCACCUCAAGGACCAGUUGCAAGAGAUGAAGGCAAAAACCAACAUGGAGAAUCGCUAUAUGAAGAGAAACACUGAGCUGCAGAUUUCCCAGACACAGAAAAAAUGUAACAAAACAGAGGAGCUCUUGCUGGAAGAGAUUGAGGUAAUCGCUGCCACCGUAGGAGUGAACCAGAAACUAAGGUCGAAAACUGAAGAGGAGAACCGGAUUCAUAUGGAGAUUGAACUGUUCCUUAGAAAGGAGCAGCAGAAACUUGAGGAGAAGCUAGAGUUCUGGAUGGAGAAAUUUGAUAAGGACACAGAAAUGAAACAGAAUGAACUAAAUGCUCUCAAAUCUGCAAAGGCCACUGACUUAGCACACCUUCAAGACCUUGCAAAGACGCUAAGGGAGUAUGAACAGGUCAUCAUUGAAGAUCGUCUAGAAAAGGAGAGGACCAGAAAGAAGAUAGAACAGGAUCGCUUGGAAUUAAAGAGCAUCAUAAAGCUCCAGGCCUGGUGGCGAGGCACUGUGGUACGGAAUGAAAUUGGUGGUUUCAGAAUGCCUAGGAAAGACAUAGAUGAUAGCAAGGAUUCAAAAGGUAAAGGCAAGGACAAGCGGAGAGGCAAGAAGUGAGCGAGUCACCGUGGGUCCUUUCCUCCGGUAUCCUGGAGACGGAAGGAGGGCUUGAAGGGAGUAAGAAACUUGACCAUCACAGACACUCAUCUACAGGUUGUUGCUUAUUUGGACAUGCACAGGUGUGGCCUGGUUAUGUCACUUUACCUGUUAUAUGAGUAUUCAAACCCUGAAUUGGGAUUAUACCAUUGAUUUAGGGCUUCUUGAUAGUUUGAAAAAAUUUUGCUGGGAAGUAUUUCUAGGAGCCUCGUGAAGAUUCCUCUCGCUUUCUUACCAGAAAAAAGUUCAUGGACUUAGUUACAGCGCUGCAUUAAAACUUAAUUAAUUCCUGUAAUGUCUCUGAUUCUAAUUUUGUCUAUAGUGAAAAAACUCUUGAGCAAAAGUGAAAUGUUCAGUAGGAAUUACAGGAUGAUGUUUACAAAGUGUCUAGCAUAAUAUGUACACAGUAAAGUUUUCAUAAAGGUUGGUUUCUUCCUACCUCUUAGACUUAUCACUUGAGUGUUUUUAUUGGAGGAUGGUGACAUGGAAUAUAUAUAUUAUAAGCUGCUUCAGCUCCUUUUCUGGGAAACAGGUAGGGAUAUAAAUUAUAAAUAAGAUAGAAAUGAGAUGUGAGGAUACACAGCCCACACAUAGUCAA